AUGGCCGACGCGUUGAGUCCGUCGCGACGGGCGGGACACCCGAUGAGGGCUCGCAAGAGGAACCGAUUGAUCUAUAAUGAGGACGAAGAGACUCAGUUCACGGCGCGACCGCCGCCGCAGACGCCGUCCAUUGGGCAGCCGUUGCAGCGAAAGAGCCAACGCUUGGCCACCACUGGACCGACGACCCACUCGUCGCCCGCAGUCGGCCGACCGUUGGGCCCGUUGGACAAGAAGGUGGCGCAGAGGGUGGGCCUCCGGCUCCGGACGCUCCUGAAGCUGCCGAAGGCUCACAAGUGGGUGUGCUUUGAGUGGUUCUACGCCAAUAUCGAUCAGCCGUUGUUUUUGGGCCAAAACGACUUCGGGAUCUGUUUGAAGGAGUCGUUCCCCCACCUGAAGACCCGAUCGCUGGCGCGGGUCCAGUGGUGCAAAAUCCGGCGCCUAAUGGGUAAACCCCGGCGCUGUUCGGCCGCCUUCUUCGCCGAAGAGAGAGCGUCACUGAACGCCAAACGCAACAAAAUACGACAUCUGCAGCAGCAAAAGGUGGUGGACUUCAGCCAAUACAAGGAUCUGCCGGAGAAUAUACCCCUUUCGCUGGUGAUCGGCACCAAAGUGACCGGUUUGUUGCGUAAGCCACAGGACGGCCUCUUCACGGGUGUGAUCGACGCGGUGGACGCCACGAACGGCACCUAUAGGUUGACGUUCGAUCGCUCCGGCAUUGGCACCCACUCUAUGCCCGACUACGAGGUGCUGUCCAACGAUACCCCGGAGUUCAUACCACUGAACUCGUUUCAGACGAAAGUGAGGCCACGACUGCCGAUGUUUACGUCCCCCCGCUUUCUGGAGCUGUUGGGCAAUCAGGUCGCGCAGGCGUUGGGAGAUAACGAUCCACUGCUGGCCGGCCCCUCACCGCCCAAACGCGAAGGAGGUGUCGACGGCGGAGCCUCUCGUGGCGGACACAUGCAAGAGGAGGGAACGUUGGGUGGCUUUCCCAUAAAGUUUUUGGCACUUUUGGUGCGUUUGUCGAAAAUACUUCAGUUCAAGAAGAAGAAGAUCACAGAACUGAAGGCUAUGAACACAGAGGCCGAGCGGAGUCGCAGCCUUCAGGAGACCAUUUCGCACGACUUCCAGAAACAUUACGCGCAGACGAUCCUCGAGUUGGAGAAACUGAACACCGAUUUGAAUGAGUACUUGAAGGCCGUCCAGCAGUACAGCGCGGAGAUAGCGCCGGAGCAGGGGUUGGCGCCCAUCGCGCAGCCCGAUGUCGUGAAACAGAAAUAUUUGGUCGAAUCCAAGGAAUUGGUUGAACGAAAUUUGGCCAAUUGUUCCGUGAAGAGCGAGCCGACCAUCGAUUUGAUAUCGCAUUUGCUCUCACUUAUGCUACACCUCAGAGGGUUCGCCGACUCCGAGGUGUCCGCCUAUGAGCUCAAGUCGCUCUCCGACACACUGACAGACAUACGCAAGAUGUUAGACACGUCUAAUGUGGAUCAGUACGAGAAUGAGGUGGAGAUACACGUGAACCACAUUCAGACGAGUUUAAGUCAUUUGGGAAAUUUGGGCGCCUUUUCCGAGUCGAUGCUCGACCCGUUAUGA